ACUGUAUACAUUAGAAUUAAUAGGGUCUUGUAUUUUCUCUAGCACCUGCUAUCAAAGUAAAACCUAGAGCUGCUGAAAAGAAGAAAGAGGUUCCUGAUGUCCCUAAACCCAAACCAAAAGACGCAAAGAAAGAGGCAGCUCCAAAGGAUCCCAAGAAGGAACUAAAAGAGCGACUCAAAGCCAAACCUGUAAAACCAGACGCUGGACCCAAAAAGGCUGUAAGGAAGAUUAAAGUAGAGAAGCAGGGGGUUGCGUCUCUUCUGAGGGAACAUCUUAAUGUGACGAAAGCAGCUGAUAAACCCACGAAAGCCCUAAAGGUGGAGAAAGCCGCGAAAAUGCAGCUAGUUCCUCUCCUGAAAAAGGAGUAUGUGAAUGUUCUAAAAACAGAAGUUCCUGACAUUUCUAAGGUGAAAGCCAAAACAGAACAUGCUAAGAAAGUGGCCCUUCACAAGGAGCCCAAGAAGGAACAAAAGGAAAAGAUUGAAGCCAAAGCCGCCAAACCAGAGGUUCCAAAGGAGAAGACCAAAGCGGCUCCUUCUAAGAAAGAAGCUGUUGUUCAAAAAGAAAAGGCCAAACCAGUCGUCUUGAAAAAAGAACAAGAGGAGACUCCCAGAAAUGUCUCUCUGGUUAAACAGCAAGCCAAAAGAGUGCCUUUGAAAAAAGAAGUCAAAGCACCCAAAGAGAAAGUGAAGGUGGUUUCUGCAAAGAAAGCAUCCGAGGUGUCAAACCAGAAGCUUAAACUAGCUGUGACAAAGAGAGAACCCGCUCCACUCAAGACAAGGCCAGCCCGUUUUGUCAAAGAAGCAGAAGUACCACAAAAAAAUGUCACAAUUACAAAGGAGAAGGUGAAGGUUGUGCCACUGAAGAAAGGAGCUGAGGUUCUCAAGGAAAAGAAGGUCAAGCCAGUCCCUUCCUCAAAAGCACCUGUUAUUAAAGCAAAACCUAGAUCUCCUGAAAAGAAGAAAGAAGCUGUUGUGAAAGAAAAGGCAAAAGUCUCAAAGAAAGAACUUGAGGAAAAGCGGGUUCUCGACAAAAAAGCACCUGAAGUUGCAAAAGAGAAGCCUAAGCCAGCUCAUGAGAAGCGAGCUCCUUCUAAAACAAAGGAUGAAAUCAAGAAGGAAAAGGUCAAAUCCCUUCUAAAGACAAAAGAGCCCAAAGUUCCAGAGGAUAAACUCAAACCAGCUCGUGAAAAAGCAUUGUUGAGGAAAAAGGCCAAACCAGCUCAUGUAAAGAAAGAAAUGGAGACUCCCAUAGAAAAGGAGAAACUCGCUGCAGUGAAAAAAGUUGACAAGAAGGCAGCCAAAGAAGAUAAAACUAGAGAGGACAGAGUUCUCAAAGAGAUACAGGCGCCAGCAAAGAAAGAAAAACCUGCUGAGAAGAAAGUUGCCAAGGAGGAGAAAAUAAAAGCAGAGCCUUCUGUAUCAGACAGCUUUCAAAUGGAAGAAGAGCUGCCCUACUUCCAGUGUUUCUUUGUGGACGAGGACGAGGCCCAGUUUCCUUUCUACGCCUUCUCACCGCUGCACAUUUGAAGCUUCAGUCUGAAUCCAGUCUGAGGUCUACAAUUAAGUCAAUUUUACUGAUAAUGACACAGUCACGUCACACCCCGCACCGCUGAAACGCAGCAUGCUGUCCACUGAUGGUCUUCAAGAGAAAACCCUGGACAGCAGAGGAUGAGGGGUGAUCGGAUGUGAUGGACCUACUUUAUUUUACUUCCAGAUUUGGUUGAGCUCUCAUACCAAAUACAUGCAGCUUGUGUCAUUCCUUUUAAGUUUUUUAAUUAUUAUUUUAUUGUUUUUGAAAGGUGGAUAUAAUAAAAAUGAUGGAACAGUAUCAUAUAUUACCUCUGUGGAUCAUUCAUUUGGAUCCUCACAGCAACACAUGCAAAUAAAUAAAAUGGUGUGUUUUUUUAAGAAGGAACAUAAUGUUAUGAACAGACUACAAACAUGGCCACAAUUGCUGAUUCAAGGCGGACAAGGGUUCAAUUCUCACAUUUACUUGAAAAGAGGUUUGUGCAGUUAUCGUAUUUACAUUUUUAUGCACCAUCAUCUGUGUAAUUUUACAUUUUUCUUCACUGCAUUGUAGUUGGCAAUUUUUCUAAUCCUGACCUUCCUGCUAUUUAAAGCCCUUGAACAAACAAUUGAGCAUUUAUAGCGUUUGUGCAUAAUUCCAAUAUUCUUGCUAUUGUUUCAGUCAUUUUAAGGAAAGCUUGUUCCUCACAAAUAUCCCUCUAUCUUCAGAAAGGAAAGUUUUUUCUGUUUCUGUCUGCUAUGUCUGUUAUUUGUAAAAAAGGAAUGACCACGCACUGUAUAUGAGAGCUCCCAAACGAAGAGAACAGAAACAUUACCUUUAAAGUCUUAUUAAAUGGCCGACAUGCGCACCCGCUCCUCAUUUUGACAUCGGUGCUAAAAAAAGCAUUGCCUGCACUGUCAGAAUGAGGUUUGAGGAAACAUAUACUUUUUCUACCAUCAAGUAUUACGUUUAUUCUAAAAUUGGACGACAUGUUGGAAAAGUUCUUUUCCCAGCUGCUAACUCUGGUCCGAUUCUUUAACUCAAGGCAUUGGAAUAUAAUGCUACUUGUUUUAGUAAAUGAGAGGACAGUAAAAGUAGGGCACAUGUGAUGGAUCUUUUUUGAUAGUCAAAAAGGAUGUGGCUAACAGUAAUUUCUUGAUAGACCAAAACACAACGUCACUAACUUUGGUCAGUGGCUGUUUGUCUGUGUGCAUAACAUAGAAACAUGAUAUAUUGUAUCAACCUUUUGAACAGGUUCUGAACAUAUAUGCCAUGAUGUUGAUGCAUAACCUCUUUUAUUUUAUUACAUCUUAUUAACUGUGUAAACAACCAGUUACUGGAUUCAUACAGAUUAUGAAUAUCCUGUGCACGUGAUGUACAGUAUGGGAUUUCAGAUUGAUUUUUAAUCACGCACUUGAAAUCUCUGAAGAAUGAUAGAAGAUGACAAGUGAGCUGCAUGAAUCAGCUUGUCUGAUUUGUCAACCUGAAUGCAGUUGUUAACGUGAUCAUGUCAAAGUUAUUUAUCCCAUGGAAAUGAAACCUUUAUAUCUUUGAUCAUAUCUGCACAGCGUUGGAUUACUGUCUAAAUUGAUGCUGAUGGGGUCACAUGUUUGGGCAGACGAUUUCAAAUGUAAACAAAUUUAUUUCACAGCGUGUACCAGCUGUUGUUUACAAAUUGCUCUUUACAUUAUGCUCCACAUGCUGCAUAGAAGACAGGUAAUUCAGUUUGUGGCAUUACUCAAGUCUACUCAAAAGUAAAUCCACUUAUCAUUUUAUUUUAGAAUAUCGCAAAUGUUGUAGGUGUACAGUAGGUUUUGUUUUCCCAAAUGACAGUGCACUGUCUUUGAAUAUUUAUUUUGCGUUAUUGGAUUUUGGUAAAAAUAUGGUUGCUAUUAUGACAACAUAUAUUUUGAUUCAUGGUGACAAAACAUGAAUAUUUGUUUCAAUUGUUAAAACUGAAUUGUAUCUAAAGACUCCCUUUAACCAGGUAAACAUGUGCAAUACAUACAUUUUUUUAAUAUCUCAGUGAUCAAACACUGUAUGUUUGUCUGUUAGUCCUUAAAUAAAAUGUGCAUGAUGUGUGUUUUUUUUGUUUUAUGCUCACAAAUGUUUUUUGUGAUAUUUUUCCCAACUUUGAGAAUGGCAACAUUAAAUACUUGAACUAUGAAUCA